GCCCAUGCAAAUCUAUCAGCUGAGGAGCAAGCGAACGUGGAGAAUGAAGAUCGGAUAAACAAUAUGUUAGAAGAGUUAGCAGAAACGGAGAAUGAACUCGAGAUCGCCCGCUCAGAUCUUACCCGCGAGCAGACAGAUGGUGACAAUUUGCGUCGGCGUCAUCGUGCUGCACUUCGGGAGCUGGACUCUGUGAGGGAAGAGCGCGACUCUGUGAGGGAGGAGCCCGACACUGCUGCGAGGUCAGCGCGUGACCGACAUCCACGAGGGAGUCGUACAGG